CAUCGCUCUGUCCAGAGGCAGGGAAGGUUUAUAUCCUGUCCCCAGGUGAGGGUGUUUUUCCUGGGCUGUGGAGACAACUGGGAGAAGAUGAAGUUCUCCCUCCUUGCCGUGCUGGCUUUGGUCCUGUUGGCAGCUCCAGCAAAUGCCCUGUACUGCUACACCUGCAACUGGGAGCAGAGCAACUGGAGCUGCCUGAAGGCUGAGAAGUGCUCGGAGCAGGACGAGUACUGCGUCACCAACGUGGCCUCCGUGGGCAUCGGCUUUUUGUCCCUUUGGAAGAGGAUCACCAAGAAGUGCUCCAGCACCUGCCCACACCACAACUUCCUCAUGGGCCUGGCCACCUACACCUCCUACUGCUGCCAGAGCUUCCUGUGCAACCUGAGUGCGUGCCCAGGGCCCCGGCUGGCUCGCCCUUGAGGGGCCAGGAGUCCCCUCCCCUGUCCCCCUCCAGCUGCUGGGACAAAAUGGAUCCUGAAGGGCUGAAGAGCUUGGCCAGAUCCCCCCAGGAGGGUGUGGACACCAAACAUCAGGGACAGAUAAAGCAUUGUUGUCACUGUCCUGUCCUCUGGUGUCUCCCGACCUUGUGCUCGUUCUUCUGCUCCACCCUGAGCUCUGAGUGCCACAUCCAUUCCUUGGAUGCCCCCAGGGAUGGAGACUUCCAUUUCUGUGGAGAAAUUCCUCCUGA